AUGGAUGCUGAGCAGGCUGAACAGGAAGUGCAUGUUCAAGCAGCUGUGGGAAUUCGACAGAUACCAGGCUCAUUGAAACAAGACAGCUUCCUGGUGGUGAACAAAGAUUCCAACCGUCUGAUAUUCAUUAGUAAGGCAGACAAAGGAGUGCAGGAAGGAUGCUUCACCAUUGAUGGAGUCUUCAGUUUGGACACCGGGCAGGACAAGCUCUUCCUGGAGCAGCUGCAACCUCUGCUGGCCAUGGUGCCUUUGGGCUACAGUGUGUCCUUGCUGGUUUGUGAAGCCCAUCACGAUGGAACCCAGACACAAAUCCAAGCCUUUGUCCAGAAGGUAAUAGAAUCUGUCUUGCAAGAAACCAGCUCUGCCAAAAAUUGUACUCAGUACCUCCAAACCAUCACCUUUGUCCAGAUCUACACAGAUGGAAAGGCUCAGGACCUCCUCAGCCCCAGAAGUCGAGUCCUGCAGGUGAUGGACCUCCCUCCGCUGGGGCUGAUGGUAGAAGAAGCGGCUGAAGUAGUUGUGGCCAAUUCACAAGCUGCCACUCAUUGCUACUUGCAGGGGAUGUCGUUGCACCAAAGUUGUUUGCAGAAAUCUUUCCAGGAGCAGCACAAAGCAGCCAUAUGUGGCAACCUCUUCACCAUCACCAUGGAGACUAAAGCAGAGAGUGGUCAGGGGCUUCAGCGAGCUACUGUCAAGAUCUUUGAGUUUUCUGGAGGAAAUGAGCAACACUCUCCUGACCCUUUUUUGCCUCUUUUCCGAGCUUCGUCUGCUGCGGCUCUUCCUGCUGAUGACACAGGGUUCCUCUGCUGGAUGCUGAAGCAUUUGCUGGAAGAAAAUGCCCUCACCUUCCUGCUGUUGUGCCUGACCCUGCCAGAUGCUUCUGGAGAAGAGAUACGGUCUGCCAUCUCACUGACUGAACAAGUGAGGACUGUGACAAAGAGAGUGUCACCAGUCCAUUGGGAUCCCACUCAUGAGGCUCAGAAACGAAGAGAGGUGAUAGGAGAGCUGAGAGCCCAGCUGGCCUUCAGGAGUCGGAUGGACCGGAAGGACAUCCUCAGCCAAUUGGAGGUGGUGAUCAAGGAGAUACAGGUUCUGAAAAGCCAACGCUGGAAGAAAAAGAAAGAGGCCUCAGCAACAUAUGAAGCAAAGGAUACUUCUCCUGAAGGCAGGAGCAUGGUUGGUGAGCAGCACCAAGAGACAAAGGGGAGGUUCUCUCAAGCAAAAGCCCGGUGGCAGGUUCUUCAAGAGCAACACCAUCUCCUGAUACAACAGGAACUUUUGAGAAUGGAAGAGGAGCUGGCAAGUCAAGAGCUUCCUCCAGGCCAGCAAGGAGCCAUGCUCUGGCAGAAAGAAAAGUCUUUGCUGAUUUUGCGCAUGGAGGCACUGCAAAGAGAACAGGCAGAAGCAGGAAGGGAUCUGGAGGUGCUGUACCAAGAAUGCCAACGAGAAACUGAAACACAAAAACAACACAUCCUGCAGGUAUUCCAGGGUUAUAGGAAACAUGCUGAAGAGCAUAUAGAUGUCCUUGAACAGAGGUAUCGAAAGCUGCUCCAGGAGUCCCUGCAGGAUGCUAUUCUCCUUUCCACUCAGAACCAGCAACUACAAGCUCAGAAGCAACUGGGCUACAUGGAGAAAGCUACCCAGACUGAUUUCCAGACCCUUACACGGAGCCACGAGACAGCCUCCCCAUCCUAA